AUGACCACCUCCCUGGUACUGAAUCCUCGUUGGGCGGAUACGGUAAUGUUUGUAUAUGAAAACAAUUUGGAUGAGAUAAACAAGAACAUGGAAGGUCUGGUUGGUAGCGGCAAUUUCGCGGCCAACCAGUGCAGGAAUCUGAUGGCCCAUUCGGCUUUGAGUGGUCACCCUUCCAGCCUUGUGCAUGGUUCCAGCUACACCACCGUGGACGUAUCGACUACCAGUUCAGCAGAAACGAGCAAGCAGUGCACACCAUGUGCGACGGUUCCCCAAGCCUCGUCCACCGGUCCUAUACCUUAUGGCUACUUUGGCAAUAGCUAUUAUCCUUGCAGAAUGGGGCGGGGUUCGGUCAAGUCUUGCACUCAACCAAGUCCACUUGGCUACUCUGCAGACAAAUAUAUGGACACCCCAGUUACGACUGAAGAAUAUCCAAGCAGGGCCAAAGAGUUCGCCUUCUACCACGGCUAUCACAGUCCUUAUCAAUCUAUGGCCAGCUAUUUGGACGUGUCGGUGGUACAGACCCUAGGGACGGGGGAACCGCGGCACGACAAUCUUCUGCCGAUGGACAGUUACCAACCCUGGGCUUUGGCUAAUGGAUGGGGAGGACAAAUGUACUGCUCCAAAGAUCAGAGCCAAGCUGGCCAUUUGUGGAAAUCUGCAUUAGCAGAUGUUGUGGCCCACCAACAUGACGGGGGCUCUUUCCGCCGAGGAAGAAAGAAAAGGAUACCGUAUACCAAAGCACAGCUAAAAGAACUGGAGAAAGAGUAUGCAGCCAACAAAUUCAUCACGAAAGACAAGAGGAGAAAGAUUUCUGCGGUAACCAACUUGUCCGAAAGGCAGAUCACAAUUUGGUUUCAAAACAGGAGGGUAAAGGAAAAGAAAUGUGUUGCUAAAGUUAAGAACAGUACGCCGUAGUGCGGAUCUGAGCAAUCAGACAUUUUCUCUGAGACUUCAGACUGAAGAAAAAUGUCGAUUCGAUUUUUAAAAAAAUCUGGACUUCCUUUUGCUCUCUUGUCUGCAUGAUUGCAUCGCGAGGGAAUCGAUGGAUGGACUCAAACAAGAAGAAUUAAUUUUAAACAAGAACAAAUAUCCCUGCUUAUCUGUAACGUAUUCGAUUGAAGCCCCUUUAGUCGUGUCUUACAUGGAUUUUAUAGGCUAAAUGUUAAGCAUGUCGGUGUUGUUCCUGCAAUACCAUUAAGCUUAUUACACUAUGCCAGUCAAUAUUCCCUAAACUGUUGUCUCUUGUAAAACAGCAUGAAAUAUAGAAAUGUUUAAUAAAUAACCUCUCAUUUAUGGGCUUUAGGAAUUGCUUAAGUAGAUUUAUCUUACUUUUUUACUUCAGGAGCACAAACUAACAUUUUACAAGAGGAAUUUUAACUGUCCAACUUCUGAGUCAA